AUGCCAUGUUCUAAAGAAGAAGCUCUUAUUAGACUCUUCUACAAUUCAUCAUCCUCUUUCAAACUUCUCUUCCUUUUCAUCUUCUCUUCUCUCACUUUACUUCUCAAAAUCCUAAACUUCACUCUAUUCCAAAGGGAUCAACAAUAUGAAUAUGUUUCGUCUGAGUACGAUUACGAAGAAGAAGAAGAACGAGAAGAAGAAGUUCGAGAGAGCUAUUUUUACGGAGAUUCUAUUGAGAAAGAUCAUUUAGUAGCGGAUAUAAUUAGUGGUGGAGAAGCUCUUGUGUUUUUGCAUAGUAAUAACAAAUCUCAAAGGAAUCACAAUUUUUCUUUUGAAGAAGAUGAAGAGUUUAUAACACCACAAGAAACCUUGAUUGAAGAGUUUUCAGAAGAAGAAAAAAAUUCAUCAGAAAAUUUGCAUGUUCUUCACAAGUCACCUAUUGUUUCAGAUUUUGAGACAGAAAUUAAUGAAACAGAAUUUCAAGAAGAAGAAGAUGCUGAUUCUGUUCCAGAUUAUGUUCCAGAUUCUGUUCAAGAUUCUGUUCCAAUUGAAAACAGGACCACUUGUCAUAUCACAACGAAUCUAUACAAAAGUGACGAUUUAGUACAAAAUGACAAAAACUAUGAUGUUAUCAAAAACAAGAAAGUUGAUGAAUCAAAUGUUGAAAGAGAUGAGAGAUUAUCUGUGAUUGGUGCAACACAUUUGGAGAGAAAUAAGAAGUUGAUAUUUGAAGAAAAAGAUGACGAAGAGAUAUAUGGUGAUUCAUGCACCGUUGGAUCAACAUCGAAAAGCUCUUCUGAUUGGAGAAGCUCAAUUCUUUGUAGAGAUUCUGGAACUGAUGACCCUUUUUCUUCUUCAUCAAGAGGAAGUUGUCCUAAAUGGGAAUCUUACACUGUUUUUCAAAAAUAUGAUGAAGAAAUGUCGUUUCUAGAGAGAAUUAGUGCACAAAAACUUCAUGAAACAGAGUCUUUAAGAUCUAUCAAAGUAGCUCCAAGGUCAAUUUCAGAGAGAAUUGUGUACAAAUUUUCAAGCAUGAAUAAAAAAUCAGAAGAUACAAGUAAUCACAAUCCAUAUUGUGAAUUGGAAAGUGCUUAUGUUGCACAAAUUUGCUUAACAUGGGAAGCACUUAAUUGGAACUACAAGAAUUUUCAAUCAAAAAGAGCUUCAAAUGUUGAUGUUGGUUGUCCAGCAACAAUUGCACAACAAUUUCAACAGUUUCAAGUUUUGUUGCAAAGAUAUGUUGAGAAUGAGCCUUAUGAGUAUGGUAGAAGACCUGAGAUUUAUGCUAGAAUGCGACAUUUGGCACCAAAAUUGCUUCUAGUCCCUGAAUAUCGAGAAUCAGAUGAUGAUCAGAAGGAGAAUGUUGGGUUUAACUCAAAAAUUUCAUCAGCUUCAUUUCUUGUGAUAAUGGAAGAUGGAAUCAGAACAUUCAUGAAUUUUUUAAAGGCUGAUAAAGAGAAAACAUGUGAGAUCCUUGCAUCUUACUUUCGAAGAAAUCGAAGAACAUUGAUUGAUCCAAUAUUAAUUCGUCUUAUGAAGAAAGUUAAUCAAAAGAAGAAGAUGAAAGUUAAGGAUCUUAAGCGAUCUCACAAAUGCUUGAGGAAAAGAAAGUUGAAGGAGGAAGAAGAGAUGGAAAUUUUGAUGUCAUUAAUAGACUUAAAAGUGGUGUCAAGGGUUUUAAGAAUGAGUGAGAUGAACGAAAAUCAAUUACAUUGGUGUGAAGAGAAAAUUAGCAAAGUAAAAGUCAUUGAUGGGAAGCUACAAAGAGAUUCCACUCCACUUUUCUUUCCAUCACAUUGA